UUUCCAUACCCAGAUGUGGCCCUCGGGCCAAAAAGUUUGCCCACCCCUGUCCUAAGCCAUUUAAUCUUGCAAAGGGAUGCAGACAGCUGGUGAGUCUAUAGUACCCAGGGCACUGUGCGUUAGCAGCUAUAGAAGAGCUCAAAGUUCAUAAUAAGGCAUUAUUCAUGAUAGAUCCUGACCCCAGCGCUCCCACCAGAGGCAGAGUCAUCAUGAUGACUAUGCUGUCCAAUAAUUUACUUGUAAAAUUCCUCAUGCGGGCUGAAGCUGCAUAAAGGUCUUGAGACUCUGGAGUGAGGUAAUAGUGCAUUGUGACACUUAUCAAAUAAUAAUGCACCCCCUGGGAAACUACAGAGAGAAGGUGGUGAGGGGAAAUUUAUUCUCUGGCUCGGAAGCUAUCAAGCAUUCAGAGGCAGAGAACCUGGGUGGGGGCACAAAAUUUCCCUGGCUUCCCAGCCACAAAUGAAUCACUUAAUAACAUCUCUAAGAUAUGGUCUUUUCUGUCUAUCCAGGCAGCUAAAACUCUUGUCCAAGUUCCCUUCAUCUUGCGUCUCAGUUACUGCAACACCCUCUGGGACUGGACUUGCUGACCUCUCGAGGUGCUUUCCAGCCCUAUGUUUCUGUGAUUCUCUUGCAUUGCUCAUAUCCAUUCAAAAUGCUGCUGCAAAUACCAUUUUCUUAGCUCUUCGCUUUGACCAUGUCACCCCUCUCUUUGCACCCCUUCACUGGUUCCCCUUUCUCUAUUGCAUCAAACUUAAGGUAAUUGUCUUUACUUUCAAGACCCUUCGUGGGCUACCCCCAUGCUACCUUUCAUCUCUCAUACGCUAUUGAAAAUUCAAUUCCCGCCUUUAGUCAGCCAAUGAUCCCAUCCACCCGCUUGUUAAAUUCUCAGGAAUCACCUCUGUGCUGCUCCUCAUGCAUGGGAAGAGCUCCCCAUAAACAUCUACAAAGCCACCUCAUCCUCCUUCGAAACCCUCCUUACAACUUUCCUUUGCCAAGGCCUACAAAAAAAUUGACACUGGUUAGGCAGAUGGUUUGUUGGGACCACUGCCCAUCAUGCUGACCAGUGUCAUCUCAUUGUUUCUUUGUGCUUCCCCAUCUAUCCAACUGCUGUCUCUUGUCUUAGAUUGUAAGCUCUUUGGUGCAAGGACCAUCUUUUUGUUCUGUGUCUGUACAGCGCCUAGUACAAUUGGGGGCUAGUCCAGGAUAUGGAUAAUGGGGAAUAAAAACAGAAGUUGUUCGUGCAGAAAGGGGGAAGCGUAGUGUUCCGUAGGGAACUGCAGGUUCCUUCUAAAGGAUCUUCCCUACAACCUGAGGAGAGGACAGUUGAAGACAAAAAUGUCAAGGCCGGUUCAAGCUCGAAGAUUGGAAGGAGUGGACAAGAACAUCUGGGUGGAAUUUGUGAAACUGGCUGCCACUUACCCAAAUGUGAACCUUGGCCAAGGCUUCCCUGACUUUUCCCCGCCAGACUUUGUGAAGGAGGCAUUUAAGAAGGCCGUCAGUGGGGAGAACAUCAUGCUGCACCAGUAUACCCGGGCCUUUGGACACCCAGCGCUGGUGACGAACCUGGCCCGUUUCUUUGGGAAGCUGCUAGGGCAAGAACUUGACCCUAUGACCAAUGUGCUGGUGACAGUCGGGGCAUACGAAGCCCUUUUCUGCUGUUUCCAGGCUCUGGUUGAUGAAGGCGAUGAGGUGAUUAUCAUUGAGCCGUUCUUUGACUGCUACGAGCCAAUGGUGAAGAUGGCUGGGGGCACUCCUGUGUUCGUACAACUGCGAUCAAAAGCUGCAGAAGCCGGAAAACUGAUGUCCAGCGGAGACUGGCAGCUGGAUCCAGCAGAGCUGGCUUCCAGAUUUACCAAACAAACCAAAGCCAUCGUUUUGAACUCGCCCAACAACCCCCUGGGGAAGGUGUUCACCAGGGAGGAGAUGGAGCUCAUCGCAGACCUGUGUGUGAAACACGAUGUCCUGUGCUUCAGUGAUGAAGUGUAUGAAUGGCUGGUCUAUGAUGGGAAGGAGCACAUCCGGAUUGCCAGCUUGCCGGGCAUGUGGGAUCGCACGAUAACCAUUGGGAGUGCUGGCAAGACCUUCAGCAUCACAGGAUGGAAGGUUGGCUGGACUUUGGGGCCUGAUCGCCUUCUGAAACACCUCAGAACUGUCCACCAGAACUCUGUGUAUCACUGUCCGACAGCGGCUCAGGAAGCAGUGGCUCAGGCAUUCCAAAGAGAGUUUGACAACUAUGGGAAGCAAGACAGUUAUUUUGUCCAGCUGGCUCAGGAGCUGCAGCAGAAGCGGGAUUGGCUAGUCCAGAGCCUAGUUGCCGUGGGCAUGAAACCCAUUGUCCCUGAGGGCACCUACUUCCUGAUGGCAGACAUCUCAGAGUUCAUAAGUGAAGUACCUGACCUCCCGGACUCUGAUGAACCCUACGACUCUCGGUUUAUAAAGUGGAUGAUUAUAAACAAGGGUUUAGUAGCCAUUCCAGUCUCCACUUUCUACAGCACUCCACACAAGAGGAAUUUUGACCAUCUCAUCCGCUUCUGCUUUGUGAAGGAGGAAGCUACGCUGAAGGCAGCAGAAGACAUACUGCAACAAUGGAGUCUGGAGAAAACCGGCCAGUGAAUGCUUUGGACAGAAUACCAGGCAGGCUCACCUGCACUCUGCCCUGAUCUGCUGCUAUGUCCUGCUCUCCUUGAUGCAGCCAUCGUGGCUACAGAUUCUUUGCUUAUUGUCUUUAUUUUAAUGCUUUAUUGCAUCAUUGGAUUUCGGUCACCUUCUCUAUCAUGCACAUGGGCAAGAGGUUUGUCAUCCCUCAGAUCUGGUUCAGAGCUUCUCAUUGCUGUCUAGUAGCGAAAAGGUUUUACUGUUCCUUGGGACUUGUGAGCCUGUAUAUACACCGGCAAAACUUUAUUUCCUCUUUUUACUUUCAAAAGCUUCACUGACUUAUUCAUCCUGGGUUCCCUGCAGCUAAAAAACAGGCAAAAAUAGUUGCUGGGCUCCCCCUCCUGCCCCAUAACAUUUUCCAUCUGCUCUGGUCAUCAAUAAUAUUUUACCCUGAAUGCAGAGGGGCUGCAUUGACACUGCUGAAUUACAGACAAUGGCCAAAUUCUGCUCUUACGCCAUUGCAAUUCUGCUGAAGCUAUGGACGUUGCACCAGAGACACUGAGGCUAUAUCUACACUACGCACCAUUUAGCGACACAGCUGUGCCACUAAAAGGUGCACAGUGUAGCUGCUCUUUAUCAGUGGGCUAGAGCUAUCCUGCCGACAAAAGACUUCCACCCACAAGCAGCGGUAGCUUUGUUGGCAGAAGAGCUCUCCUCCCCACAAAGCACUGUUUACACCGGCACUUUUCAUCGGUAAAACUUUUGUUGUGCAAGGGUGGGGGUGGGGUUUUCACACCACUGAAUGACUAAAGUUUUACCAACAAAAGUCCAGUGUGGACAGAGCCUGAGAAGAGAAUUUGCCUUGCUGACCAGGCCAACUAGCUUAAAACACCUGUCACUUUCCUGUAUGUUUCAAAGGCGUGAGGAUAAAAGGAAUUGUUAGAUUAGUACAAUAAAAAAGAACGGGAUUUAAAAUUGCAUUUUCUUUUGCCAUUACUGCGGCUUACUUUCUGCAUUGCACCCCUGUGUAUGCAUGGCCCUGCCCUAGAGCCUGGAGCCAGAGUCUGUGGUCACACACCAGCCUCUGGACUUUGGUACCGCUAGGGCCAUACAGGCCUGCUGAGUUAGGGGGGACAUUAUCUCGCUGAGUUCCCCUCCUCUUCCCGUAACUCAACAGUACCUGGCCAUUUACUGUCUCCCAUCCACGGGUGGAACUAAACGGACCCUGCUUAGCUUAGGGGACCGGGCGGGCGAGGGCGGACAGAGUCGUGUCGGGGGCGGGGCUGGCACGUGCCACCUCCCCCGGCCGCACUGUUUAUGACCCGCUUCCGCUGUCACGUGACUCAUCCGCGUGGGCCGUUGGGAAGGGGCACGAGAGGCGGGGCCUGGGAGGUUCCUUCGUCCAAUAAUAAUCCGCGGAGGCCGGAGGGAAAAUGGCGGGUGGCGCUAAACGGCCGCGAGGCCUGCAGGAGAAAGAGAAAAAGGUUGACUGGCGUAAAUGGAAACAAGAAA